AGAAAUAUAAAAAAAAAAACCAUCGCCUAUUGCGUUCAUUUUGUGAUCAUUCAUAAUAGAUUUAUAUAAAUUAACAAAUCGAACGUCUGUGAAUUAAUAUAAAAAGAAAUAUCAUAUCCUGGAUAUUUAUUUAGAAAAUAAUAUCAAAGGAAUUAAUUAGGAAUUAGUCAAGAAUUUUACUUUCUCGUAUUAACAAAUAAUAUUUCCAGUAUAAAUAUAAUUAAGAAUCGACAUUCUUCUCGAGACAAAUGAUAUUCAUUGUCAAAUUCCAUAUCGUAUCGUUUAACUGUGUCGCAAAGAGUAAAUUCAAUGGUGAAAAAAAAAUUUCCAAAAAUAUACGAUCGUCGAGAUAAUUCGAUUUAGUGACGAAUUUUGUUAAUAUGUUUGCUCGUGUAUUCGAUGUAUAUAAUGGUAUGUCACAAUCGUGUUCUUCAUCGCUUUCUCAAGCCUCUUUUCUGAUAGCUUUGGAAUUUCUCUCACCCAUUUACUUCGCUUGUCUGCAAGUUUCCUUGAACACACUGUAACUUUCAUCUUCAUCGAUGAAUGUCUGUUGUUGUGUUCUCAUAAAGAAAUAAAAGUAUUCUGAGAUAUUAUCUUUGAAGAAUAUUUAAAAGAGAAGAUGAAAAAAAAAAAGAGAAAAAGAAAAAAAGAAAGGAAAAGAAAGAGAAAGAAAGAAAGAAGGAAAGAAAAAUACUGCGAAAUGGAAUAAUUCACGUAUAAUCGCGUGCAGGUUGAUAGAUUCGCAUCCUCCUAUUGUUAGUCAGUUCAUUACGAAAUAAGCCGACUAUUAUUCUUUCGAAACAUUUAACGUUAUAGACACUAUCAUAUUACAGUCUUUAUGAUGAAAACAUAAACAUAAUUCGAAUUGCUUUAAACGAUUCUUAGAAUCAAGUAUAAUUAUCUUCUAUAAUAGAUGAUGCCGUUGAUAACGAAGUUAAUCUAAUGCCAAUGAUAUGCCGUUGAGAGUUCAACGACUCUUCUUCAUUGGUAGUAAAAUCGUUUAGAUAAUAUAAUUGUGAAGGUUCGUAAUAAAAUAAUUACCGAUAGAUUGUACAUACCUGACGUUGCAUAUAUUCAUAGCAUUCUUUAUGCAGAAAUUAAUUCCACUUGUUAAGUCACAUGAUCAACUUAGUAAUGAAGUUGUAAGACUAUAAAUAAAAAGAAUCUAGUAAAAGUGGAACAUAUAGGCAGUUAUGUUAUUCAUCCUGUAAGUAAUGUUAAAUCUUCAACCUUGACAUUUCGCCAAUACGACUACUUUCAAUUUAAUUUUCAAUCUCUCAAUAAUGACAAAUCUUCGCACUCUUCGUAAACCACAGAAAGUACAAUGUCAAAAAAAUAAAAAGGAUGAAGAUAAAAAAGACGAAGAAUUCACAUGCCCGGAAGGUCAGGGAAAUGGAAAUUUCGCUGAUCCUGCAACCUGUAGAAGAUUUUAUCAGUGUGUAGAUGGAUAUCCGUACUUAAAUAGGUGUCCUUCGGGAUUACACUUUGAUGAUAUUAGCAAAUUUUGCACCUUCAAAAAUGAAGCCCGUUGUGGACCUAUUGCUGCGACUCCACCUCCGGUAACGGAUCCUCCAACGGAUCUUGCAGAGAGAUGUGAUACAGCAAAUUGUCAGCUUCCUUACUGCUUCUGUUCACGCGAUGGAACGCUUAUACCCGGUGGUCUUCAACCGGAGGAGACGCCACAAAUGAUAAUAAUGACAUUUGAUGGAGCGAUAAAUCAUAAUAAUUUUGAUCAUUAUCAAAAGAUUUUUACACAAGAUCGAUUAAAUCCAAACAACUGUCCAUUGAAAGGUACCUUUUUCAUCUCUCAUGAGUAUUGUAAUUAUAAUAUGGUACAAAGUCUAGCGCACGAUGGUCAUGAAAUAGCUACGGAAACAAUAUCACUUCAAAAAGGAUUAGAAGAUAAAGGUUACGAAGAAUGGGUCGGUGAAAUGAUUGGAAUGCGAGAAAUCCUAAAGCAUUUUAGUAAUAUUUCAGCAAAUGAAAUCGUUGGUAUGAGAGGACCUUAUUUGAAACCUGGUCGAAAUACUCAAUAUAAAGUAUUAGAAGAUUUUGGUUAUAUAUAUGAUAGUAGUAUUGGAAUUUCACCUCUAAAAACACCUAUAUGGCCAUAUACUCUUGAUUACAAAAUACCUCAUGAAUGUAAAGCUGGUACUUGUCCCACUAAAUCAUUUCCAGGAGUAUGGGAAUUACCUCUAAAUGCACAUUAUGUUGAGAGUUAUGAAGGUGGACAUUGUCCUUAUCUAGAUCAAUGUGUCUUACAUAAUCAUGAUCCUGAAGAAGUAUUUGAUUGGUUGCAAGAAGACUUCAACAGAUAUUAUGAACAAAAUAGAGCACCGUAUAUGAUGCCAUUUCAUACUAAUUGGUUUCAAAUAAAGGAACUUGAAAGAGGGCUUUCUAAAUUUCUUGAUUGGGCAGUGACAUUACCAGAUGUUUACUUUGUGACUGCCACACAAGCAUUAACUUGGAUAACUGAUCCAAAACCAGUUAAAUCUUUAAAUAAUUUUGAAGGUUGGUCAUGUAAGAAAAAAGAAAAUAUUCCUGGACCACCUUGUAAUAAUCCAAAUAAAUGUGCUUUGGACUUUAAGCCUCCAGAAUCCAACUUCACUACAACUAGGUAUUUGGAAACAUGUAGAGAAUGUCCUUAUAAAUACCCCUGGUUGGGAGACGCAAAAGGUACUGGAUUAUACAACGAUAAUUAUAAUCCUGAAAAAAAGUAAAUUUGUAUUUCUAAAUAAAUUAGGUGUAAUAUUA